AUUAGCAGACCGCUAUGAAUCCGUCUCUGACAGGUACCGUGCUGAAAAAUAAAUGGAAGCUGGGCGCUCUGGUGGGAUCAGGAGGGUGUGCGGAGGUAUACGAAGCGAUCGACGCCCGGGCAGAAAGCGCGGGAGCAUCGGAUGGGCCGUUUGUUGCCAAGAUCGCGCCUCUGCCUGUGGGCCUCCCUCCCGCCAUGACCAAGGGGAGGAAGCGAAAGAAAACGGAAGAGGAGAAGCAUGCGGAUAUGAUCUACUACGAGUACACGCUGUACAAAGGUUUUCUAGCCGAACACGGAGGGGUCGUUGAGAUCCCACCCGGGGGCUACGGCGAAGACCAGAACCUGCGUUACCUCGUGAUGAGCAGGCUUGGUCCGGACGUGGAAGCCGCGCUAAAGAAGAGCGAAGGCUGGUCGGUGGCUCGCAAGGCCGGCUACGCGAGACAGAUGCUGGCCCUCCUGCGCACCCUGCACGAGAGCUGCAGGAUGGUGUUCAUUGACGUCAAGCCAGAAAAUUUCAUGUUCGGGGUGCCGGACUCAGCCGAUGAGGAUAAGAUCUUCCUGAUCGACUUCGGGCUCAGCGCGAGGUAUACCGGACCGGCAGGCGCAAUCAAGCCCCAGGGCCAAAGCGCCCAGAUCCAGGGCACCCCGGAGUUCCUGUCUCUCAAAUGCCAUGGGGGUGCCAGCGCUGGAAGGUGCGACGACCUCGAGUCUCUCGGCUACGUGAUCGUGGCCAUGCUGAAGGAGGGCGACAGAGCCCUGCCUUGGAGCGGGUCGACUAGCGUCAAGGACGGCCUCGCAUCCAAGAAGUCCACCACGCUCGAAGAGGUGUGCGAGGGAUGCCCGGCGGGCAUGCUCAAGUACAUGAAGGCCGUGCGCGGCUUGGAGUACGAAGAGACUCCCGACUACGACAGCCUCGACGCCAUGCUCAAGUCCAUGGAGAGCGGCGGGGCGGCAGCAGGCGGGGCGAGAGGAGGACGCGCCGCACCUAAAUCCAAGACUCCGGCCGCCGCCGCUGGCGCUUCGACCCGCGGAUCAUCUAAGGCCGCGUCACGGGAGGAGGAGCGGGACGUGGGGGCGUGUGUCGACGACGGGAAGGGUAAAGGAAGGAAGGGGAAGGGGCGAGGAGAGGCGUCAUCCGCGAAGGCGCCGCCGCCGGCACCUGGGUCUCCCAAGCAGCGCGCCACGACGGCGGUUCGGCGUAGCCGCCGGCUGUCGUCGCCGAAAGACGGGGAGGAAUUCCAUGACGCGCUCCAAGAGCACGGCAUGGACGAAGGGGAGGAAGAGGAGGAGGAGGACCUCCAAGUCACGAAGGUUGUGAACGGGGCGGCGAAUAAGGGGACAGGCCGGCGAGGCACCAAACCUACGGAGAAACUAUCAACGGCGGCGGCGGCGGCUGUCAAGAAGAGCACUCGCGCCAAGGCUACAAAGGCGAAGGCUAACGGGGUCUUCCUGCUUGAGGUGGUUUCAGGUCCCCAUGAAGGGGAGACGCUCAGGAUGAAGGCGAGCGGUGCUGAGGUCCGCGUUGGGCGGAACGCGCCCAGGAGGAACGGCCUGCGGCUCGACAAAGACUUCGAGGUUUCGGACAAGCACGCCAUCUUACGCCCAGGUGCAGAUGGGAUCGGCCUCGAAGACCUGGGCAGCCUGAACGGGAGCUUCGUUAACGAGGACCGGCUGGAGGGAGCCGCCGUGCUGCAACACGGAGACGUGCUGCAAGUCGGGCAAUCGAUCGUCCAGAUCACUGGCUAAGAUUUUUGUAGCCUUUCUGUCGGUACUCUUUCGCUGAAUUUACCCACGUCAGUAUCUGUUUUAUCACGCAAGUGACGUUAGCCCGUACGUAGGCCGUGGCGUGAAUUAUUUUCAAAGGACAUGCAAGAGAAAUGCUGACGCAUUUCCCUUUUUUUGUCCCCACCGUCUUAGGUCUUUUGGCACCGCGUUAGAAUUGGUGGAGGUUGUCGUUGCUUGUUUGUUUUGAUGGCGUAUCCGUGCAGCAACUGUAUCAAGCACAUUGAGUUCGUCUAAUAUGUUGUGAGGGUAGGGCAGCUUUCAUAUUCCGAUAUACAUUAGCAGUCGUGACUUUUCUCCUAGAGUUUAUGUUGAAGGCAGCAAGUAGAGGAUGCUUGAGUCGUCCCAUCGGAGGUAGGCCCCACGGAAACUUUGAAAACCUUGAUGUUUCUUCUUUGUUUGCGUCGAAUCUGCGCGCGCCAUGUAUGUUGAUGUAUCAUACGUUGUGCCGAAAGUGAGCCAUGUCGCUGGAAAUCUAAAAAGGUGUGUG